AUGAAAGGCUCACCCUUCAAAAGACUAAGAAUAUUCGAAAGGACCUUACUGCAGUCCAACAUAUCGCACGAACAUCGAGACCAACAGCAGCAGGAUCGCGACUCCUGUACAUCCACAAAUUCGAGUUGCCGUGAUAUGGCAAUUGACGACGUUACCAAGGCAUCUAUGCGCCAUCACAACACCUUCAGAACAGCAAACAUAGUUGGGAAUAACGAAAGGCACGAAAUUCGAAAGGUUUCACUCGAUGAUCUCUCCUCCUUUUACAAUGAAGCCUUUGCACUCAAGAGAGUCUCCCGGCUCCCUCUCCUCCGUGACCACGCGCCCAAAGUCAUCAAAGCAGAUCCCCUCUCCGGCAUCCUUGUCCUCGGUUAUCCUCGUCUCCAUUGGGCGCCACUAUUGCAGCGGGUCGAAGCUUCCGCAUUUGGCCUCGAAACAUUGCUGGAGCUGAAGCUGAAGCUAUGCUCGUACAUUGGAGUUCUCUACAGGAAUGGCGUGGUAUACCGCGUCAAACAGGACUGCGUGUAUCCCGUCAAGAGAGCAUCGGGGAAAUGGACGCUGUAUUUGGGUGGCUGGCAAGAUGUUGGGUUUUAUCCUCAAAGUCAAUGGAAGUCGGCUGCGUUGAAGGAACUGAAGACAGAGCAGUUGGACCGAAUAGAGAGUUUCUUUGCGCUGCUGUGUACUCGUGCAACCGCUAUAGCCGAGUCAGGUGCUAUGAAUGGUGCAAAAGAUCAAGGGAAGGGCUGGAGUGGCUAG